GGUUGUUGUAAAACCUCGACAGACGACCGUUUACUUGAAUUGUCAGGUGAGCUCCCGGUCUCCCCGCUCCGCCGUGAACAGAUGGUACAGUCCACAUGCAGUUCGGAGUUGUUGCUGAGGAGCUUCCACUGUUCGGCACAUACCGUUAAAUUGGCAUGCAUCCUACGCCUCGGUCCUGGAGCAGCAGACUGCACUGCUUUUGAAAAUGUUACCGUCUUCUCACCGGAGUUACCUCGGACAGCAGAGCAAGGUCGCAUUAUUUCACCUUUUGUGCAGUAUUACAGGUGUGUGGAGCAGUCAGGUGGUGGUGCCUCAGAGGGUGAGCGCUGUGCUGGGGAAGAAUGUGACAUUAGAGUGCAGGGUGGAGGUUGGCACAAACCUUACUCUUACUCAGAGUUCCUGGGAGCGCCGUCUGCCUUCAGGAUCCGUCACAGUGGCCGUCUACAACCCAGAGUUUGGCACCUCCAUCCCUCCAGAGUUUAUCAAUCGCUUGUAUUUUCGUUCACCCUCCUCUCAUGACGCCACUAUCGUACUGGAAAACGUGGGCUUUUCUGACGUCGGGAUCUAUACCUGUAAAGUGGCUACAUUUCCUCUGGGAAACACUCAGGCCUCCACUACUGUCAGUGUGCUCGUGGAGCCAAAGGUCUAUGUGUCUGCUGGUUCAACUGCCCUGAUCGAUGGUGGCAAUGAAACAGUGGUGGCUACCUGUAUAGCUGAGCGAGCUCGGCCCCCUGCUGAGGUGUCCUGGGAGUCCAACCUUUUUGGCCAGUCAGAAGUGCAGCUAUUUGACGACGUCAACGGCACUACCAGCACACAAGUGCGCUACAUCUGGCAUCCCACACGCCACGUCCAGGGCCACACACUUACUUGUGUGGUCCGCCACCCAGCUCUGCAGAGUGACUUCAGGAUCCCCUAUCAGCUCAAUGUGCAGUUUGCUCCUGAUAUCUCAGUUGUGGGGUAUGAUGGAGACUGGUAUGUGGGACGUGAAAAUGUUCAAAUGACGUGCAAAGCCAAUGCAAACCCACCGGCUCAUCACUUCAGAUGGAUCAGAUUGGACAGUGAAAUGCCAGAAGGGGUGGAAAUAAUAAACAGCACUUUGCUCUUCCUGCGUCCGCUUCAUCGGAAUGACUCUGGAGUUUACAGGUGUGAGGUUGCCAAUGACAUCAACCUCCGCAGUCGGGAUGUGCGCAUUCUCAUACAAGAUCCUCCCACCAUGCCUUCCACCAUUACCGCUCCUGUCCUAACUGGCUCUUCCCCCUCCACCUUUGUGGAUGAUAAAGGCCUUGUCCUUCUGAGCUCCCCCACACUUGAAGCCCUACCUGAAAGUAAUCUUGGUUCCAUAGUGGGUGGGGCCGUGGGAGGGGCCUUGUUCCUGCUACUGCUGUUGUCUCUGGUUGGCGUCUGUUACCUACGGAAACAGCAGACGUUUCAUGGGAACUACUACACCAAGGAGUACCUGGGCCCCAAUGAUCUUCAGAAGGCCCCCACACAGCAUGAACUCCAUCCUACCAAAGCUGGCAGCAGCUCCAACCAUCGGGACCAUGACCGAGAGGAGUGGGGCGACCGCCAGCUCAAACAUGAGCGUGACCGUCGUCACCAUAGCAACUAUAACGGAGAGGAGUAUCCUGUUAAUGGCUACACUAGGGCAAUGAGGGAGAGCAAUCGCCACAACCAUCAGCAGAAUCACCAUCAUGAACACGCACAAUAUUCUACUCCUCAGCAAGCCCGACGUGCCAGAUACCCUCAUUCACCUAAACUACGGGGAAACGGCUCCCCCUACCUGUCAGAUGACUGCUACGAUAGCGGUCCCGAGGGUGAUUAUGUGUCACACACUGAUGGCUCAGUCAUUUCACGUAGGGAGUGGUAUGUUUGACAAGCUACCUGGCUCUGCAGGAACAGAAAUGUAAAGGUUUUGUUAAUAAAGUUAGGAAGAAACACCUUACUUCUGUACGCACAUACACGUCUACUAAUCUCUAUUCUCUAGUUCCCUUGCUUUUUUCCCCCCAAGUGUCCUGGUUGACACUUGAGAUAUAAUAUUUCUGUUUUUGAUGUGGACAGACUAUGGACUGUACAGCCAGUUUGAGAGCCAACAUCCAUGUCUACAGAAUUGGGCAUGCCACUACUUUGUGUGUAGAGACUAACAACAGAUGUAAUGUAUGUGUUGUCUCUGCCUUACUACAUGGACUGCCACAGUUUAGUUAGCAUUACUAAUUUCUUUUGAGUGGAAGCGUUCGGGGCCCUGGGGAUUUGUUUUUUUUCAUUUGUUUCUAAAAAAAUCUGAAUUUUUUUGUGACGGUAGGUUAUUUGUAUGUGUUGAUUCUUCACACAUUAGUUUAAAAGACCUCUGACCUCUGUGUGAUUAGUCGAUAUUCAAGAAUGACACUGAAUUCACACCUGGAGGUAAAUCCAUGAAAUUUUUCCCAGAACUCAGUAAGACAGCAGAGCCAUAGCAGAGACAUUUAUUUAAAAGACAAUUUAUCUCCCUGACUAAUCUGGUCCCUUCUUGACUGAUGACCACGCCACACUGAUGGUCAUAAAAUAUAUUGCAAUGUCUUUACAGAACCUUAUAAUAGAAACUAAAUGAUUAGAGCAUUUGUUUUCUCUACGCUUAUGUAAAUCACAGUGGAAGAAUGAUGAGCUUGAGGACUUGACCACUGAAUGUCCUGGUGAUGUGUGAACCUUAAGAGCAUUUCACCUGCAUUUUCUCAGCUCAUCUUAUAUCCUCAGGAGGGAGUUAUGAUGAGAGAACAAGCGGGAGACCUGCAUAACGGUCCACCCAUACGUUCUAACAGCAAACCUGGUUUGUCAUACAGGUCAAGCCUUCGUGUGUAAAACUGCCACAAAAUUGUCCAUGUUGAUAUAGGGGGAAUUAGUUUUUUAUGUGUUUAACCUUGUUAGCAUUUGUGUGAUUUACUGAUUUAUGGGAAGUGUUUCAGUCUGGCGAUCCUCCUCAGUUAGCCACGUAUUAACGCAUUAUCAUGUUGUCUGUCCGAUGAUAAUGAAUCUGUUUGAGAAUUUGAACCUUGGCACCAAACCAGAGCUCCCCGGAAUUCAGGAGUACUUUCAGCAGGGGCAUUGUUCAAAGCAGGCUACUGUAUGGCAGCCACCAUACGCUGGCCUCCUCAUCACAAAGUAUUUAGUUGCACAAAGAAAUCAUUCAAGAAUGCCGCCAGUACACUCUACCACACUCAGCCACCGAUGGUCUAAUUUCAACAGUCUAAGUAAUCUGUAGAAACAAGACUUGACUGUGUCACAGUUUCAAUCUGAGGCAUUAAUAGACUUACUGUUCUUUAUACAUGAAUGGAGUUUGCCGUUGCAUGCUUUCACAUUCCCUAGUUCUUUUACAUUGUAGCAUUUAUUAGUACUAACACAAUAAGAUAUACAUUAUGUAGACAAAUCAGUUUAUCGUGAUGGACGUGUUAUCACUCUCACCUGUCAUUAUCGGCACUUUUGACUCAGCUUCUCAUCCACAGCACAGGGAAGAGACGGACAGUAUUUUGUUGUACUCAUUAAAUCAAGUAGCUAUAAAAUAUUACACCAUUCGUUUUUAAUUUUUUCCCAAAUUCAGGCUGGAUUUACAAUUAAAUCAUAACCAGUCACAUUUUAUUGCCAAUCAGGACUCUGAAAUGUUGCAGGACAAACCAAGUAGUGUGAUUGAACUGAGGACAGUGUUUUAUGUGCCGGUGUCAUUGGGCGGUGGAGCCCCAGUAGUUCAGGAGUCUGACAUAGAUGAAGCUAUUAAGGAUUCAAAGACAAAUAUCAGUUUUUGUAUACAGCUAAAGUCGAAGUUGCUUUGGCACAUGCACCUGUUUACCAGACUGCAGGGAGGAGAUCCAAUCAUUUCUUUCAUGUCCACUAGUUGUGAAUACAUGCCAUCUUUUGUAGUAUGCUCACCUAUACAAUAUUUGUUGCCAGAUGCCAAAUAUUUGUUUAAACUUGUAUGUAUAAAUAUGAUGAUGGCAGCCUCUCACAGAAGUAUUACUGACUAGAAAACAUCUGAUCCUUAGCUUAUAUUAAUGAUUAACGUAUCACUGUUGUAUACAGGGUCUUGUAGCCUGAAAUAGAAAUGAAAAUAUGCUUUCAUAUUACAGUAACAGUUGUCAAAUUGGGAAUUAGUUGUUAUGUUGUUAUGAACCCUCACUAAUUAUUUGUCAGGGUGUGAAUUUUGUGCAGUGAAUAGGCCACGGUUGUCAUCAUGAGAUUUGAUAAUGAGCCACAAGAAUAUGACCCCUAACGGCAAUUUAUGUUGUUUCCAAUGCUGUGCAGUACAGUAGAAGUAAUUUAUCUCCGUAGACAAAAAGAUGCACAUCUCAGUAACCAUCUGAGUGUUUGUUACUGAAAGAAUUCAUCUUCUUGCUUGUCAGUACAGAACAUUUUGCUCUAAUGUAACCGUUUGUAUCAUAGAGGUGAAAAAAUGUUAUUUGUGGUGCUGAAAGCAUUGAAAUGUUUGACACCUCUUUUAUAAAAUGCGAAACACGCUAUCAAAAGUUUUCAUUUGCACCGUUCCUUUGGUAAGCGUAGUUUGAAUGAAAAGCAUUUACAGUGUGGAUUAUGUAAAGUACCAAGGACAUCGUUUCUGCAAAGAUAUUUUGCUUUUAAAUUUCAACAAUGGCUUUCGGUGUCAAACGCAUCACCAACAAUAUUCCAUCCACCUCUGUUGCAUUGAUGUGGUGGUACAGACACAUCCGGCCUACCUGGGUGUUUAAGUGAGAACAUGUAUUUUUUUAUUUGGGUGAAAUGGCCCUUUAAAGGAAGGGAGUCUCCAAAUUUAAUGUACAGCUGGCAGUUAGCCGCAUAGCCUCAUUUGGAGUGAUUAAUUAAAAGUAUUGUUUUUGGAUUUGGUGUGCUGCUGACACCUAUUCAUUCUGGCUUUCUGCUCACUUUCACGCAAAUGCAGAAAACAAGAGGAACCACGGCAGGCUGAACCCUUGUGUUUGCUUCUAUGCACUAAGACGGAAAUUCCUCUAAUCGAUACGCUAUUUUUGCUUGGCUCGUCUGUUUGGAGCCUUGCACCUGGAUUAAUGAAAUUCUUUUGUACUGUGACAUUUUGUAUAGAAAUCAGUCAUCAAUAUCCCCCACCUUGAGAAAAAGUCCUUCAUUUUGGGUUGAGAAAUACAACUAGUGCCUUAGAUAUUUAGAAGAAGUAAUGUCUUAUUGUUUACUUUUGGAACCUGUUUUGUUGCUCUGUGAGUUGUUUUUUUUUUUGUUGCGUCUUUUUUGAUUUUCACUGCAUAUUGUGUGUUAGGAGGAAUUUGUAGUGCCAUAUUCACUCUUCUGCCCUCGUCACAUGACCGUAAAUGACGCAGUAUAUUUGCAAACCUAGAGGCAUUAAAAAAAACACACACACAAAAAGACAAAGCUUGAAUGACUUUGGAUGUAAAAUUAGUUACUUCUCUACUUCACAGGUACCUGUCAGGGGUUUUGGUUUCUAUAGAAUCACUGGUGUUCAAAGGCCUGAAGAAUUAGCUUCGGUCUCACAUUGUCGAUGAAAAGCACCUUGUGGUUAUGUUUGUUUUUGUAUAUACAGGAGAAAAUGUAAGUUUCUGGAAGAAAAAAAAAAAUAUUUAUGUCAGUGACAGCAGUGGAGCAUUUUUUUUGUCAAACCUUUUUGAGAUACUUAAGUUCAAUAAAGCACCUUAGCACCUGUGA